AUGGCGAUGAUGAUGACCGGCCGUGUGCUGCUGGUGUGUGCCCUCUGCGUGCUGCGGUGCGUUGCCGGCGGUGUUUAUGCGAGGGACGUUGACACCAACGCACUGGGUGGCUGCAUGUCGUCGGGAGUGUUGGGUGAGAAUGGAUCCCACAUGCCUGACGGAUGUAAUAAAACUGCGAUUACGGUGCCUUUGCGGUCAGUACUGCCCAUUACUGCCGUCGAAGCCUCGGAUGGAGGAGAUUCUGCUGGUGGUGUAAUACAGAACAAUUCGAAUUCAAGGGAAACUUCCAACGCUGGUGGUUCUCCUGGUGGUGGUCCUGCUGGUGGACCUGGUGGUUCUGGUGCUUCUUCUGGUGAUUCUUCUGGUGCUGUUGCUCCUGCGGCUGCUGGUGGUGGAGACAGUUCUGGUGGCGGAGGCGGUUCUGGAGGUCAAGGCAGUGGAACUUCUGCUGGCGGUCAUGGCACCGGCAGCGUUCCUUCUGGUCCUUCUCCUGCUCCUGCUGCUCCUCUUGCUGCUGCUGCACCUCCUGCUGCUGCUCCUGGUGGUCCUUCCGCUCCUGUUGAUGCUACUCCAGCUAGCGGCAGUGAUGGUGAGGCGGGGUCACCAGGCACUAAUCCAUCUAACACAACAGGGGACUCUUUAACAGGAGAUCAGACGUCUGCUGCAGUAGAGGCUAACGACACCUCGCCACCCGAAGGACCGGAAGGAACGACAUCCGGCACUGGACACACACGACAAGAAGAGGAAGAAGAAGAAGAUCAUGAACAGCAGCAGCAAAGUGAUGAAGCACAAGUCCAACAACACCAACAGCAUGAACACCCCGCGGAAAGUGGCGAAGAAUCCGCGAAAGAUAAAAACGCCCUUCGUACAAAUGCCACCGCAAAUACAGGCGACAGUGACGGCAGCACCGCGGCCUCCCACGCCACCUCCCCUCUUUUGCUUCUUCUUCUUGUUGUUGCGUGUGCGGCUGCUGCUGCGGUGGUGGCCGCGUGA